UCAAAACGAGUCCAACGCCUUUAAGAUUUCAGCACGAAUCAGGAAUUUACGCAUUUGCUUCCCACAAAACCCUCCUCCACACUUCGUGGGAGUCGGGGAAGGGUGGACUUUGGCUUAGGUAAUGUGACCAUGGCUGACUAAGCUACUUCCACCGAUAGACGUGUUUUGAGUGGAACCUAGACUAACUAAUUCCCUCUCGCCUCUCUUAUACACCAUCAUGUCUGGGCUAGACGAUGACUUUGACAUCGAGGAUCCCAUUCAGCAGGGAAACGACGAGGAAACUGAGCAGCAGGCACAGCAAAGGUUGAAUGGGAAGUCUCGAGGAUCCAUUUACGACGCAUUAGAUGGCGAGGACGAAGAGGAAGAAGAAGAUGAGGAGGACGAGGAAGACGAGGAACCUGGACGAGAUCGUGGGCGAAAACGCGCAAAGCACCGGCACAGACGCAAUGCUGUGAAUCGUUUCCUUGAUGUCGAGGCCGAAGUCGAUACCGAGGACGAAGAAGAAGAGGAGGAAGAUGAGGCAGGAGGAGAUGAGUUUAUUGCUGAUAUUGGACCAGAGGGCGAUGAAGAUGAUGUGAAUAGACGGGCAGCGGUCAAUGCACGGCUAGACAGGCGUGAAAGGGAGUUGAAUGAUCAGGAUCUGGCGAAAAUUGCGCAGAAUCUUCACGAGCGCUAUGGUCGAGCAGCAGUGCGGUACACGGGAGACAUGAAUGAAGUACCACAGCGCCUGCUGAUGCCAUCCGUACAUGACGCAAGCUUGUGGCAAGUUCGAGUGAAACCCGGUCGCGAACGCGACAUCGUCUUCAGUCUCAUGAGGAAAGCAAUUGAUCUCGAGUACACCGCUCAGCCUCUCUCCAUCCUAUCCGCAUUUCAACGCGACUCACUUCCCGGUAUGGUAUACGUUGAAGCGCGGAGUGCCCAGCAGGUAAACUCAGCUUGCAAGGGUCUUGUCGGCGUAUACCCGAGCCGUGGCAUCAUACUAGUUCCCAUUGAGGAAAUGGCGAGUUUACUGCAGAUCAAGAAGCAAGACCUUACUGUGACACCUGGAAGCUGGGUACGCGUCAAGCGUGGCAAGUACCAAGGCGAUCUUGCGCAGGUCAUGGACAUUACAGAGAACGGCGAGGACGUCGGACUCAAGUUCAUUCCGCGUAUCGACUUGAACCCACGGGACGAUGCCAACGUUGAUGGUCGGAAGCGCAAGAAGGCCGGUACUGGCUUGGCGACGAUGCGACCGCCACAGCGGUUCUUCAAUUACGAGGAAGUCGUCAAGGUGCACGGACGCAAGCAGGUCUCAAAGCGAAACCAGGUUUACGUGUUCCAAAAUGACACAUACAAAGACGGGUUCAUCGAAAAGGACUUCAAGCUCAAUGCUCUACAGCUAGACAACGUCAACCCGACACUGGACGAAAUCACGAAGUUCAGCCGAGGGCAGGAUGGUGGCGACAAUGAAAAUCCGGUGGAUCUGUCGAUCAUUGCGGAGGCGUCGCGGAAAGCCGCCAUUGCUGUGCUGCAGCCAGGUGAUCAUGUCGAGGUAUUCGAGGGCGAGCAGUCUGGUGUCUAUGGUGUUGUCGAUUCGAUCAAUCAAGAUGUCGUGACUGUUACAGCUAUCGGUGUUGAUAUCGAUGGUCAGAAGGUGGAUGUUCCUGCGCGUAGCGUGCGAAAACGCUUCAAACCAGGUGACCACGUCAAGGUAAUGACUGGUCAGAACGCAGACGAGACGGGUCUUGUUAUCUCGGUAACAGACAAUGUGGUGACUUUCCUAUCAGAUAUGUCCAUGCAGGAGGUUUCCGUGUUCUCCAAAGAUCUGCGUGAGGCUGCCGAAGUCGGUUCUGGAACUAACGUUGUCGGCAAUUAUGAAUUGCACGACUUGGUCCAGCUUGACUUGCAGACUGUCGGUGUCAUUUUCAAAACUGAGCGAGACUCCUUCCGUGUUCUUGAUCAGAACGGUCAAGUACGGUUGGUGCAACCUCACCAAAUAUCGAUGCGGCGGAACUCCGACCGUGCCAUUGCUACGGACUAUGAAGGUCAUGAGCUCCGUGUACAAGACAAUGUCAAGGAAAUUGAAGGAGAGUCUCGUAAAGGUCGGGUAUUGCACAUCCACCAGUCAUUCUUCGCCUUCCUACACAACAGGGACAUCCUUGAAAAUGGCGGUGUAUUCGUCACCCGGUGUCGCUCCCUAGCAUCGCUCGCACCCAAGGGUAACCUCGUUAAGCCAGGGAUGGACCUAGGCAAGAUGAAUCCGACCGCUGCUGGCGGUGCCCAAGGUGGCAUGGUUGGCUCUGGUGGAAUGGGGCGCGGACCACGAGACCGUGACAUUGGUGCCGUCAUAACAGUCGUCAAAGGCAAUCACAAGGGGUACAAUGGUGUUAUCAAAGACAUCAACGGUACCCUGGCGCGUGUUGAGCUAAAUACAGGCAAUAAAGUCAUCACCAUUGAAAAGCAAAAGUUGUAUCGGAGACUUCCAGACGGCAAACUUCAACCACUUAAUGCGCCGUACCAAUCACAGGGUCAGCAGAGGAACAUGGGCCCCCCAGCCGGAGUCCCUAGUCGAACUCCCAAUCCAUAUGCCAGCGCCAGCCGUACGCCUGGCUGGAAUGGCGGUCGUACGCCAAACCCAUUUGCCAGUGGGGAUGGCAAGACACCUGCAUGGAAUGCAUCAUCACGAACGCCAAAUCCGUACGCAGAUGGUGGCAAAACCCCCGCAUGGAACGCUUCGUCACGGACGCCCAAUCCAUACGCUGCCGAUGGUGGUAAAACUCCCGCUUGGAAUGCGUCUUCGCGGACGCCGAAUCCCUAUAGCGAGUCGUCGUGGGGAUCAGGCGGUUGGGGUGGUAGUGCAUCACCUGCACGCCCAGCGGACUCGAGUUGGUCAUCUUGGAAUGCACCAACGCCAGCUGCUGCGGCAACACCCGGGUUCUUGUCUGCACCGACCCCUGCUGCGUACACCGGUGCACCUACACCAGCAGGUAUUAUGAACGACCCUGGUUCAAUGUCUGCCCCUACUCCAGGUGUUUCGGGUAACGAAGAAGAGAAUGACUUCGGUUUGGUGCUACGUGACCCUGUGAUCGCGAACAAAAAGGUGAUAGUGGAGGUUCGAGGUUCCGCAGAUGCAGGGUGGCUCGACGGCGAUCUGGAGUUCAAGAAGGGUUAUGUCUCCUCAGCCUUCGCUUCCUUAUCUGAGAUCACAGCACUAUUUCACCCUCUGGAUUCGCCAGGGGGCACUCCAGUUCACGUGCCGACAAUCUAUCUUAUACCUGUCCAACCGGAGGAGACAGAAGAUCACGCCCUCGUGUUACGCGGACCUCACAAAGGCGAGCAUGUUGUUUUGAGAGAGAGCGCAGGACCUGGAGUUUGGCAUGUGUCGCUGUUCCAGGACACGACGGCCUACACGAUCGACGAGGAAAAAUUAGUGAAGCUUUACUACGUUUAAUCUCUAUAUGUUGUUUUUACUAGUUGUCUUGCUGUUACACUAGCUUCCUGUUCAUGUAUAAAUCCCAAUUUGUCGCAGACAAUAAACUGAACUUUGAUC